CCCGAAUGGAUUCGUUUCAGUCGCAAAGGAAAGCGCGAAGUGUAUACAGUGCCAAAUCCCGGUACGGCAGAGAUAAUACGUGAUCUAACACGCGUAACACAUAAACAAGAAUAUUACCAAAUAUCUAUUUCAUACAUCGGCUUCAGAUCAAACUGAACAGACUCGACAUAGUGACAAGGAUUAUAAUCUGUGAGACUAAAAUGUUGGACAAAACCAUCAUCGGCGGCAGUUGGGAGAGCGUGAUUUCUAGAGAUGAUUACGAGGUCGACUACAGUCCGAGUCCUAGGGGUUCACCUUUGAAAGAAACAUCUAACAUCCAAGAGGAGCAACCCUAUCUCAUCAGCCGCCACAAUCCCAAUAAAACCUUCAGACGUGAAUCGGUGAUAGCAUCCUGGAAAAGCCUGAAGAAGGAAAGGGAGCAGGCUUUAGGGAAGCGCGUCAUUUAUGUAGAUGCUGACAACUACAUAGAUUAUUACGAGAGGAACAAAGUGAAGAGAUGCAAAAGCGAGAGAACGGCGAACACACCAAAAGUUCUCAAGAAGGUUAAACGUACCUACUCCGUGCUGUACAGAUAUGACCCCAAUGAAGAGAGAGUUGUCAAGGAGUACAAAUAUCAACCGGUCAGGGACACCGAGGUAGCCAUCAACUCCACCAUGCAGAAGUCAUAUUCAGAACCCUUCCUCAGACAGGAGACGGUGUCGAAGAAAAAAGCUAAGAGAUCCAUCACCACACUGUUGAAUAUUAAAACCAAAUUCCUCAACAUAUUCUCAUCCAAGUGAUGAAAUAGUUUAAGUAGACGUUAAGGUAUGAUUUGCUCAAUUUAUUGCAUUUACCUUAUGAGUAAGUGCUGGCAUCCGUUGCAUUUCGGUGGCCAGAAAAAUAUUUAAAAUUCAAUUGGAUUAUUCUUUGCAAAUUAAUGGUCUCAAAGUAGCUUACUAUUGAUGGCGAGAAUUAUGAUAUUAAGAACUAUUCUCUUUGAUACAAAGUUACUUCCUUCACAGUAAACAUCAAUUACCAUGUUUAAAAACCAUUUUCUUUUGACCUUCAUAAAAGUUAAAGAUCGUCGUAAUGAGAGAUCACCUGGCAACUGAUUGUAAUAAAAAUGAUUUCAUAUAUAGAAGUUGUAGGCGUAAUUAUAAUAAUUAUAUUGUGAUAAAUUUGUUUGUUGUGAUAUAUUUAAGUGUAAAAUGUCUUUGUAUUGUAAGUUAGGCUUACUAUAUAAUAAAGAUUGAAUACUCGACUUUUAGGAGGAAGACUAACAAGCUCCGUUUAAAUUUUUUUUUUUUUUUUGCAAAAUAUGUAAAGUCUCGUUUUAAUGUUUUGUAUUAGACUUUUAAUGUAUUUCUUUAUAUUUAACUAAUAUAAUAGAAGUUGCAUGAUAAGUAUAUUUUUCAUUAUGUCCUUAUUCAUUCCUAUUAUAGCUUAGGUUUAAAUUUUAAUUUAAUAUUAAUAGUUUAAAUUUAAAUUAAUUAUAUAUUGGUUGUGUGAAUUACUUUGUAUGUAUAUAUAAUAUUAAAUAAAGAAAAUUUUAUGAUUUCUAUACAAAUAAUAUUAAUAGUUAUAAUACAA